AUGAACCCCGGCGACGGAAUCGCACCCAUCGAAAUUGGGAAGAUGCGAGACGACUUCGUCAGAUGCAUCAUGAAAGAUGAGGAGUACAAAAAAAAAGACGAGAAAAAAAAAGAAAUCGUUAAAUAUUGCAAGAGCUACAAAGAUUUCUGCAACAUCGUAAGUUCAGUAAAUAUGAAACCAGUUAGGACAUACGAGGCGAAGGUCUCCUAUGAGGAAUAUGUCCAUUUGAAUGUUUCCUCCUCACAGUCUCGAAUCGAAGCUAUUAAAAGGAGAAACAGACGGAGCCAAAAUUUUCAGCUCACCAAUUUGUUUCAGAUUAAUAGCCCCGUGGAACUACCCUCUCGUCAGGAAGUCGAAGAGAGGAAAUCUGGACGGGAGAUCCAGCAAUUUUUAAACAUGCUGUGGGACAACCAAGAGGAUUACGCCAAUUUUAUAAAACGCAACUACACCUCCGAUGAACUGACCGAUCUGCUUAGCUUUAUAAGAAGAAAAUGGGACGUCCUAUUUGAGCCCACUCCUGCGGAACACCCCGUGAUGGAAAAGGCCAAGAAGACAUUUUUCAACUUGGCCAACUUCCUGAUUCAGGUGGCGAACCACUGGGAGAACCAGAACCUCUCCGCUUACUUCACGCAGGACGAGCUUAACGAUAUCAAUUUAAACCUCCAAGAUGUGAUUGGCAAGAUGGAAAAAACAGCUUCUACGUAUGAUGACGAAGCCAAAUGCGAAGCAGGCAUAAUGAUAAAUCAACUUAAGGUGAUUCACCUUUAG